AUGGAUUUCAGCUCCAUAAGAUGUCCCAUCUGUCUCGACAUUAUGGUGCAGGCAUUUGCAUUGAAAUGUGGUCAUUCCUUCUGUGAGGUGUGCCUUGAUGAAGCCGUCAACUUCGAUGAUCGAUGCCCUGAGUGUCGGAACCCUACCCAGGGAAUCUGCAUCCCUAACUUACGACUGAACGACUGCAUUUACACUAUUGUGAAGAGAAGCAAUGAAACGUUACAUGUGUACAACGAGCGAAGAGCGCAAAAUGAAGUGCAAAUCCUCAAACGAAGACAGGCACGAGUUUUACUGUUUUCGGUGCUUCAUAUGGCUGAAAAACCGCUAACUUCGGAGGAGAUCGAAGAGGAAUGGAAGCGCAUGCGCGGUUGCAAUUCCUUGCCUGCAGGUCUCACCAACGAAAUGUUGCGCAUGGUCAACUCCAAUAAAAGGUGCUUUGAAGUGGUCCGACACGGUGACGAAAUACGGGUGUCGCUGAGAAAAUCUCCUUCUGGUGAGCUUCAUUGA